AUGAUUGAACGUUUACCAACACAACCAAUAACAAUUGUUAGCCAAAAUAGUGUGAAUAUUAACGGUAGUAAUAGUGAUUUAAUAACAACAGCAGAAAAAAAUGAAUCUCAAAAAUGUUCCGAUAUUGAUUACACUAUUUCAAAUACUAAAAAUCAUAUAAAAUCAAUUGAAUGUUCUGGUUGUUAUCAACAAAUUGAUGAAAAAUAUUAUUUAUGUGUUGCUGAUAAAUAUUGGCAUUUGACAUGUUUAAAAUGUCAUGAAUGUCAAAUGGUAUUAGAUAAUGAAUUAACUUGUUAUUCAAAAGAUGGACUACUUUUUUUUUGCCGAAAAGAUUAUUACAAAUAUUCUGGUCGUUAUCGUUGUCAAAAAUGUCAUCAAUCAUUGACACCUAAUGAUUUAAUUAUGCGUGCAUGCGAUUAUUUAUAUCAUAUUAAUUGUUUUUCAUGUUGUUUAUGUCAACAAUUAUUAAAACCUGGUGAUGAAUAUGGUUUACGUGAUUCAUUCUUACUAUGUCGAUCACAUUUUGAACAAUCAUCAUCAAUUUUUGACGAUUCAUUAUUGUUACCAUCAUCAUUUAUCGAACAACAACUUAAAUCAUCACCACAACUACCAUCAUCUGAAUUUAUUAUGACCGAUUUAAAUACAACACAACAAUAUUUUCCAAUAAAAUCCAAUAGACAACAGCAGAGUAGAAAACGAAAGUUAAAUGAUGUUGAAAACGAUUAUAAUAUUCAUCAUUCAACAACAGGCCUAUUUUCGGAUAAUCGUGAAAAUUCAAUAUUAACCGAAACAUUUUUAUUCCAACAACAAAUUCUCAACUCAUCAUCUUCGCAAACUGCUCAUCAACAACAGCAACAACGACAAAAACGAAUGCGUACAAGUUUUAAACAUCAUCAAUUACGUAUUAUGAAAACAUUUUUUACUAGUAAUCAUAAUCCAGAUGCAAAAGAUUUAAAAAGUUUAGCACAAAAAACAGGUUUAUCAAAACGUGUCCUACAGGUCUGGUUUCAAAAUGCUCGUGCAAAAUAUCGUCGUAGUUUACUUCAAGAUCAAGAUACGAAACAAGACGGCUCAUCAUCAUCAUCUUCUACAUCUAUCUCAUCCUCAAUUAUUAAUAGAAACCCUGAGGAUACGAUCAUAUUAAAUCGGAAGGAAACUGAACUACUUGACAUGCUAACAGAUGAUCAUUCGAGUGAUGGUGAUUUAGGUGGACAUGGUGAUCUAAGUCGAGAUUCUGUUACGGACACCGAAUAUCAUCAUUUAACAUCUUAUAUCGAUGAUUAUACUUAG